AUGGGUGCAGUGAAAGAGCAGAGCGCGAAUCUUUAUGCCACGAAGUUAGCCGAGCAGGGCUUUGUUUCUCUCUCAUUUGACCACCAGUUCUGGGAUGGCAGCGAUGGAGAGCCCCGUAAUGCUGUUUCACCUGAUCUUUACGCCGAGGGAUUCAGCGCUGCAGUUGACUAUCUGGGGAGGCAAGGCUUCGUCGAUCGUGAGCGGAUUGGAGCUGUUGGGAUUUGUGGCAGUGGCGGCUUUCUAAUAAGCGCAGCAAAGAUUGAUACGCGUUUGAAAGCCAUCGCUACUGCAAGCAUGUACAACAUGGGAGCUCUCAACCGCGAUGGCUUGCAACAUUUGCAAGGUGUCCAGCAGCGCAUGCAUGUCAUCGACCAAGCCUCACGACAGCGUUGGACUGAGCUGGAUGGCGGGGAGGUCCAAUACACUGCCGGCACCGCAAAUACAUACUCACCCAACCUGUCGCCAAUCCAACGUGAGUUUUACGACUUCUACCGUACUUCACGUGGUGAGUACACUCCAGCGGGGACCACGGUAAACAUCACCACACAUCCAACAUUCUCAAGCAACGUGAAGUUCAUGAAUUUCUAUCCAUUCAACGAUAUUGAAACGAUAUCUCCACGUCCACUGCUCUUCAUAUCUGGCGAUAUAGCGCAUUCUCGCGAAUGCAGCGCAGAGGCUUUUCAACGUGCAGCAGAACCAAAAGAGCUGAUCUGGGUACCUGGAGCUGGCCACGUUGAUCUUUAUGAUCGCGUUGACAUGAUACCUUUCGACAGGCUUAUCCGUUUCUUCCAGACCAACCUUACCGCCAAUCAGACAGCUAUUCUAUCUAGUCGCUAG